AUGCCUGACAACCAAGCUGCCUGGCUCACCGGAAAGAAGGUCAAACCUCUGGAAGUUAGAUCCGCAGCUUACACGCCGCCUGGUGAGAAUGAGAUCGUCAUCCACAACCGUGCUGUAGCCAUCAACCCUGUCGACUGGAUCAAACAAGAAGUCGGCGACUUCAUGUACGAAUGGGUCAAGUACCCGAUGAUUCUAGGCAACGAUGUUGCAGGCGACGUCGUCGAAGUUGGCUCCGGCAUCAGUGCAGCCCGAUUCAAGGUCGGAGACCGCGUUCUUGGGCACGCCGUCGGCCUCGAUAAGCGAAGCAAUAGGACUUCGGAGGGCGCUUUCCAACACUACGUCGUCUUGAGGGCUAAUCUCACUUCGACGAUCCCCGACUUCAUCAGCUUCGAGCAGGCUUGUGUGGUGCCCCUCGGUGCAUCGACCGCCGCUUCUGGCCUCUUCGACAAAGACUUUCUCAACUUGCAGCACCCGAGGCUCGACGCAAAGCCAAACGGCGAGACACUCUUGGUCUGGGGCGGCUCGACAAGCGUGGGCUGUAACGCGAUCCAGCUCGCCGUUGGUGCAGGGUACGAGGUCAUUGCAACGGCGUCGCCAAAGAACUUCGAAUACCUCAAGACCCUCGGCGCAAAAGAGGUCUUUGAUUACCGCAGCGCCACCGUCGUCCAAGAUAUCAUCGCAGCAUUCCGGGGACGAAUAUCCGCCGGAGCCAUCGCCAUCGGGGCCAACUCCCUCGUUCCCUGUGUCAACAUCAUCGCGGCAUCAAAGGGGCGGAAGUUUGUUGCACAGGCUAGCGUUGCCGGGGCCGGGAAGCCGCCUACCAGCAUGACUGGCCUGGUGUCCAUGAUGUGGGCGUUGGCUUGUGAAAGUGUUACAGCCUCUGUCAAGGGCAAGCUUUCCGGGGUGCGAAGCAAGUUUAUCUGGGGAAGCGACGUGAUGGCGACCGAUGUUGGCGCGGCCAUCUAUCAAGACUUCUUACCCUAUGCCAUGGCUCAGGGCAAGUUCACUCCGGCACCAAAAGCGGAGGUCUUUGGAAAUGGGCUCGGCUCAAUCCAAGAGGCGUUUGGAGUAAGCUACAAGGGGGUGUCUGCGAAGAAAGUGGUUGUUUCUCUCUAA